AAUUCCAAUAGAAUUGUAGACUCCCAAACUUGGUGACCCAAGAAAGAAAUCUCCCCUAUAUAAGGAAGUACAACCAGACCUGCCAUCUCUAUCCCCAUCCUCAGUGCUUAUCUUAGAGCUUUGUCACUUGUUCCUCUACUUGACAACUAUUGAGCAUAUAAUCGAUGGAGCAAACAAAGAGAGGAGAUUCAGUAGAUGUUGAGGAGGAGAAAUGGGUUUAUGAUUCUUCUGUGGAUCAUAAAGGAAACAUUCCUCUCCGAGCUUCCACCGGCGCAUGGAAGGCCUCUCUGUUUAUUAUAGCAAUUGAGUUCAGCGAAAGGUUGAGUUACUUUGGAUUAGCAACAAGUUUAAUUAUAUAUCUCACCAAAGUCAUCCAUCAAGACCUCAAAACUGCAGCAAAAAGUGUCAACUACUGGUCUGGGGUGACCACUAUGAUGCCACUCCUCGGAGGGUUCUUAGCUGAUGCUUACUUGGGCCGUUUUUCUACCGUACUUGCUUCAUCCGUUGUCUACCUCUUGGGUUUGAUCUUCCUGACCAUGUCUAGACUAGUCCCAAGCUUGAAGCCUUGUGAUACCAGCCUUUGUCAUGAAACUAGGAAGAUUCAUGAAGUGGUCUUCUUCCUAGCUAUCUACUCCAUCUCUAUAGGGACUGGAGGGCACAAACCCGCUUUGGAAAGCUUCGGAGCAGACCAGUUCGAUGAUGAUCAUUCUGAAGAAAGAAGAAAGAAGAUGUCAUUUUUCAACUGGUGGAACUUUGGCCUUUGCUCUGGACUACUACUUGGUGUAACUCUGAUUGUUUAUGUGCAAGACCAUGUGAGCUGGGGUGUUGCAGACAUUAUCCUCACUGCUGUAAUGGCUUUUAGUAUAGUGAUCGUCUUAAUUGGAAGGCCAUUUUAUCGCUAUAGGAUGCCCACAGGGAGUCCCUUAACCCCAAUGCUACAAGUUCUUGUAGCAGCCAUUAGGAAAAGAAAUCUUCCUCAUCCUUCCUAUCCUGCUGAAUUAUAUGAAGUUCCCAAGUCAGAGAAGACUCGGGGAAGGCUUCUAUGCCACACCGACAAGCUCAAAUUUCUUGACAAGGCUGCAGUCCUUGAAGAGGAUCAAAUUUCGGGUGAGAAGCAACAAAAUGCAUGGAGACUUGCAACUGUUACCAGGGUUGAGGAAAUGAAGCUUCUUCUCAACAUGAUUCCCAUAUGGGUAGCAACAUUGCCGUUUGGAAUUUGUGUAGCACAAGCCUCAACAUUCUUCAUCAAACAAGGUACUACUCUGGACCGCAAGAUCACUCACAGUUUCCUGAUCCCUCCGGCCUCCAUCUACUCUCUGGCUGCCAUUGCAAUGAUAGUUUCUGUCACUGUUUAUGACAAGAUUCUCGUACCUGUACUAAGAAGGAUGACAAAGAAUGAAAGAGGCAUCAACAUUCUCCAAAGGAUUGGUAUUGGGAUGAUUUUCUCAGUUGCAACUAUGGUUGUCGCGGCCUUGGUUGAAAGAAAGAGACUAGCUCUUGUGAAGGAGGAUCCAGUGAAGGGUUCAAUGUCAAUGAGUGUGUUCUGGUUAGCUCCACAAUUUAUCAUCAUUGGUGUAGGAGAUGGAUUUGCUCUAGUGGGGCUGCAAGAGUACUUCUAUGACCAAGUCCCGGAUUCAAUGAGAAGCUUGGGUAUAGCGUUUUACCUUAGUGUGCUGGGGGCUGCAAACUUCCUUAGUAGUCUCUUGAUAACAAUUGUGGAUCACGUAACAGAAAAGCAUGGGAGAAGCUGGUUUGGUAAGGAUUUGAAUAGUAGUCGGUUGGAUAAUUUCUACUGGCUUUUAGCUGGCAUUACUGCAGUGAACUUGUGCUUCUAUGUGUUCUUGGCUCGGCGAUGCCCUUACAAAAAUGUGCAGAGAAGGGCAGUUGUUGCUCAUUCUGACUGCUACGAAGGUGAUAAUGUAGGGACAAUGGCUUGAUACAUUAUAGUCUUUCUGUCAUUAAGAUGGCAUGUCAAUGCUGCUCCAGUUUAAUGUCUGUAAUCCAAUAAUUAAUGAAGUUUAUAGUAUUGUUGCACAUAUAA